GGCUCUAAUUGUUUCUCCAAAACUCCAAGAAAGAAAAAAAAAAAAAAGGGUUGUUUCAUACUGACUUAAUCUGCAAGGUCUUAAGGUUACAAUCAUUGUUGGACUAAGUGGUCCCUCUUAAGGCAUAAAUAGAACGUUCCUCCUUUUCUCUUCACCAGAACAGCUCAGCUGCCAGCAAAUGCAGGUGCUCCCAGCCUCGCUCACUGCUGCUACAAAGCAAAUUAAAACGAAAACCAUGUUUCUGGUCUACAAACAUUGCACUGUUGUCCUGGCCAUGCUAUCCAUGUUGGAGUAUUCCAGCUGCCUUCCCUUGAGUGAAGAUUCUAUUUGCACGGCAGAGGAACUUGCUAAGUAUAGCAUCGUCUUUACAGGGAAGUGGAGCCAGGCUUCAUUCCCUAAGCAAUAUCCCCUUUACAGGCCUCCAGCUCAGUGGUCAUCAUUGCUAGGAGUCACUCACAGCUCCGACUACCACAUGUGGAAAAAGCUGGUGCCCGCCAGUAAUGGAGUGAGGGACUUUGCGGAAAAAGGUGAAGCGUGGCCGCUAAUGAAAGAAAUAGAAGCAGCCGGGGAAAAAAUUCAAAGUGUGCACGGAAUAUUUUCGGCAGUCUCAAUCUCUAGCGGCACAGGGCAGGCCUCUACUGAGUUUGAGGCACAUUCAAGGCACCCCUUUGUCUCCUUCAUGGUGAGAAUUGUGCCAAGCCCGGAUUGGUUUGUUGGCGUUGACACUUUAAACCUUUGUGAAGGAAAGCACUGGAAACAAUCCGCUACACUGGAACUUCAUCCGUAUGAUGCCGGAACAGACAGUGGAUUUACAUUUUCAUCACCGAACUUUGCUACUAUACCACAGGGCACUGUAACUGAGAUUACAGCCUCAUCGCCAAGUCAUCCUGCCAACUCAUUUUAUUAUCCCAGACUAAAGAACCUGCCACCCAUCGCCAAAGUUGUAUUUACUAAAGUGAAAGGAAGGCUUUCGUCGUUUCUCGAUAUUGUUUCCAAUGUCACUACAACAGGAAAUGAGAUCGAUGAACAUAUCUCAGAAACACCACUGGACUGCGAGGUUUCCGUAUGGUCGUCCUGGGGUCUCUGUAGAGGCAGCUGUGGGACCGCUGGGGUUAAUAGUAGAACAAGAUACAUUCGCUUGAAACCUGCUAACAAUGGAACUGCCUGCCCAGCCCUCAAUGAAGAUAAAGAAUGUGAACCAGAAAACUGUGUAUAGAACAAAAAAAAACGACUGCGCUAGAUAACUUAUUAUAGACGUAUGGUACAUACUUACUUAUUGUAAAUAACAGUUUGGGACAAUAUAUGUUAUCUAAACUGACAGUUUGGAUACCUUUUCACUGAGAAAAUGAAUAUUUCCUCAGGCCGGUGCCAUGUUUUGAUUCCUAAUUCCAAGUUUUAUAUCGAAUUCCUUUGCGAGACGAGUAACAAUUUUUUUUUUUUUUUACACAUUACACCUAUGUUGGAACGUUUAGUACAAAGUAAUUCAUUUUACUACCGUGCUGUGUUUGUAUAUACAUAGUCAAGCUCACAAUAUUGGGAAAAUGUUCAUAAUAAAGAUUUUAAGGUUUUUCACCGUCUUCCAAAAUUAA